AUGAACUCGCCCGUUUGGAACACUCUCCAUUUCCUUCAAGGAGCCAUCACCUCUCCCCUACUGAAUGGCCCAAUCCUCGCCGCCCUCACCUAUUCGGAAACUAUUACUGAGCGCUUCCCUUGGCUACACUUAUCCCCUUCCCUUGUGGACUCACCGCAACUCGCCUGGAUACUCAAAGCGCUGGUCUUGUUUGGCGUCAUUGACCGACUCAACAAGAUUGCGAAUUCCGCCGCCGCCAACAACUUCCGUCUUACUGCUGCCCCCGGCUGGGACUGGCCGAAUGAAAUCGCCGUCGUCACGGGCGGCUCCGGUGGGAUUGGCAGACACAUCUGCGAACAGCUGGCUGCAGCUGGCAUCCGAGUUGCUGUCCUCGAUGUCCAGGAGCUGCCAAAGGCUCUGGAAGGUAAUUCCCGCAUCCGCCACUACAGCUGCGACAUCACCUCCGAAGAUUCCAUCGCUGCCGCCGCUGCUGGCGUCCGCAAGGACUUCGGACAUCCAUCCAUUCUUGUGAACAAUGCUGGGUACACGCGGCCGGCGCCUAUCCUGCAGACGCCUCCCUCUGUAGUGCGUACGGUGUUUGGAGUCAACAUCAUCAGCAUGUGGCUCGUAACGCAGGAAUUCCUCCCACACAUGAUCAAGCAGAAUAAGGGCCAUGUGGUGACGGUUGCCAGUAUCGUGUCCUUUGUGACGCUGCCCAGCUCCGCCGACUAUUGUGCCACCAAGGCGGCGGCGCUUUCAUUCCAUGAGGCGCUGAAGGUAGAGCUCCGAAAUAUAUAUAAAGCGCCCAACAUUCUAGCCUCGAUUGUUCAUCCUUACUUUGCGCAGACAGCGCUUGUUCAAGACAUCAAAGGCGUUCUUGACAGCACGGGCGUGAGAAUGGUUCCUGCAGAGAAGGUUGCUAAGCAGAUUGUCGGCCAGGUGCUCAGCAAGAGAGGGGGACAGGUGAUGGCUCCCCGGAAUAUUGGAAUUAUUUCCAGGUUCAGGGGGCUCCCAUUAUGGCUACAAGAGGUUAUUCGAAAUGGGAUUGGAAUCUCAGCAGCCCGUCAUAUACCAAAGGACAAAAGUAGCUGA